AUGUUCACGGUUUGCCUCUAUGUCAUUGAGAAGGACUCGAACAACGAUGUCUCGGAGCGCUUCGCCAAUGUCCUGGUCGGUUUGCCCCACGGAUUGAUCCAUUUGACUGGAGACUACCCGUGCACCGAGUAUCGAAGCGUGGCGAUGCCAUUUCACUUGGUGUUCUUGAUUUUGGGGAUGUGCUGCACUGGCACCUUCACCGGGAUUUUCGCUGGCGGCUUCGUGGAGUACUUGGGCGCCCAACGUGCCAUGGAACGCCACGAGGCCAAAGAGGAGCGCUUGCGCGUCAUGGCCAUGGCCGUUUGCGUGCUCCAGCGCCGCUUCCGUGCGCGGCGGAGGCGUUUGGAGGCUGCACAGCCGGAACCGCCGCAGCAGGUGAGCAUGGCCAAGGCUGCCCGACGUCGCCUGGCGGCCAGACUCUUGCGGCGGCAGACUUCGUUGGGCCGCGUGUUCAUGGCACUGGCACAAGCAGCAUUGGUCAUCAACAUUUGCAACACCAUGUUGGAAUCGAUCCCGGAGAUCGAAGCGAUGGGCGUCGAAGCGCGCUCCAGCCUGACGUUGGUGGAGAUUGUCACUGGCACCAUCUUCGUGAUCGAGUUUCUUCUCCACUUCAUCUCGAAGCCCACAGGUGUGUUCACCACGCCCAUGCGGUUCAUCGACUUCGUGUGCCUUUUUCCCACCUUCCUCCGGAUCUACUUCCAGACCAAGUCUCUAAAGGAUCAACUGGAUUCCCCAGGCAUGGAAGCCUUCAUCGAGUGUGUGGCUGCCUGCCGAGUGGUUCGCGUCCUGGACUGGCCCCAGAUCCGCCGCGAAGUGCUGGCGGUGAAGCAGACGCUGAAAGCCGCCCUGCCUUCCUUAGCGAUGCCCGCGGUGAUCUCGCUUCAGCUUUGGGUUCUCACUGCAGGCAUUUUUGUUUGGCUGGAGAACAUGUAUCACGAACACGACCAGCCCUCAGACCAGGAUCAGAUGCAGUCCAUACCAGAUGCACUCUACUGGUGCAGCAUCUACUUGCUUGGAGAAUGGGCAGCUUGGAGCGUUGCCUGCGACAUCUCUCCGGAGCGAGUUCCGGAGCGAGCGAUCGAAACAUCGCUUUCGAGCUCGCACGGAACGCGUGAAGGUGCUCUCUCGGGAGACCCCAAGGGGCUCGGUCUCCCAUGCGACAGGGUUGCCAGUGAACAUACAGACCUCGAUCCAUCAAAAGGACAGUUUCUUGUUUGCGCCAUCUACUCUGAAACCACUGCAGUUCUCAGAUCAUCACCUUGGGAGAAAAGAAACGAACACACUCAUAGCAUCGAAAAAACAGCUGUCUCAGCUGCCAUGCACGGCCCGCAGCUCAGAUUGCUCAGCUCGUUGCUCGCAUCGUUUUUGGCAUAG